GGCAGUGCCCACUGAGCAGCCCUGCCCGGAGGCCCAGCCUCCAGGCUCCUGCGGUGCAGCCCGGGUGACCCGGAGCCCCGCGGUGCGCGCGCUGUGCUAGCGUGACCUCGGCCGGGGGCGAGGAGUGCGGGGAGGAGGCGCCCCGAGGCGGGACGCGCGGUUCGGGUGCGAGGGAAGCUGGCACGUAACGUUGACCUGUCUACAAACGCGCAGGCUGUCUUCCGUGGCGUGGGGAACAUGGUGAAGCUGAUUCGCACACUGGCGGAUCACGGUGAUGACGUCAGCUGCUGCGCCUUCUCCUCGUCCCUCUUGGCUACCUGCUCCCUGGACAAGACCAUUCGCCUGUACUCCCUGAGUGACUUCUCGGAACUGCCGCACUCCCCGUUGAGGUUUCACACCUACGCUGUCCACUGCUGCUGCUUCUCUCCCUCAGGACACAUUUUGGCAUCGUGUUCAACCGACGGCACCACGGUGCUUUGGAGCGCGCACAGCGGACAGUUCCUGACGGUGAUGGAGCAGCCGGGCGGCAGCCCCGUCCGGGUCUGCUGCUUCUCGCCGGACUCGGCUUACCUGGCCUCAGGGGCCGCCGAUGGGUCUGUUGUCUUGUGGAAUGCACAGUCAUACAAAUUGUAUAGGUGUGGUGGUGUCAAGGAUGGCUCCUUGGUGGCCUGUGCAUUCUCUCCUGAUGGAAGCCUCCUUGUCACUGGCUCCUCUGGUGGAGAUUUAACAGCGUGGGAUAAUCGAAUGAGGUGUCUGCACAAUGAGAAAGCUCAUGACCUGGGGAUUACCUGCUGUGACUUUUCCCCACGGCCCCUUUCUGGCUUUGAAUUAAAAUAUAAAAGUACACUACGUGGGCACUGUGCCCCUGUUCUGGCUUGUGCUUUUUCCUACGAUGGACAGAUGCUUGUGUCGGGGUCAGUGGAUAAGUCUGUCAUCAUAUAUGAUAUCGGCACCCAGAGUGUGCUGUACACAUUGACGCAGCAUACCAGGUAUGUCACAACUUGUGCCUUUGCACCCAACACCCUGUUGCUUGCUACUGGCUCCAUGGACAAGACUCUGAACAUUUGGGAGUUGGACCUGGAAACACCUUGCCAAGCAGGAAGCACGGGCGAUCAGCAGAAGCCACUGAUUGAAGACUGGUCGGAGGAGGACGUCUCAACAUGGCUCCGUGCUCAAGGCUUGGAAGAGCUCGUCGGCGUUUUCCAGAUGAACAACAUUGACGGAAAAGAACUGUUGCAUCUCACAAAGGAAAGUCUGGCUGGCGAUUUGAAAAUUGAAUCUCUAGGGCUACGCAGCAAAGUGUUGAGGAGUGUCGAGGAGCUCAGGACCAGGAUGGACUCCCUCUCUUCUGAAAUUCCUGAUGAGUUUGUCUGUCCGAUAACUAGAGAGAUUAUGAAGGACCCCGUCAUAGCAUCAGAUGGCUAUUCCUAUGAGAGAGAAGCCAUGGAAAGCUGGAUCCACAAAAAGAAACGCACAAGCCCCAUGACAAACCUGGUCCUUCCUUCGCUGGUACUGACACCAAACAGGACUCUGAAAAUGGCCAUCAAUCGAUGGCUAGAGACACAUCAGAAAUGAAUCGUUCAUAGGGUAUCGGAUACAUUUUCCAGUGAGGUCAUUCAGCGCUGACCAGGCAUUACAAAAGCAAAUAGGAAAAGAUGUGAAAUUCAGUUACUUUUAAAACUGUAAAUCACCCUUAAAACACAGAAUUAUAUAUCUAAUGUCAUUGCUGUUUCUAUAAAAGUGAAAAUAUUUUUGCACUAAUGGGGAAAUGUGUAGAAAUAAAACUUUGCCGAGACUUUAAAUUGCAAUGCCUAACUGUGUUACUAGGUGUAGGCCUCAUCCUGGAGUAGUCUAGAUUCUAUGGUUGUUUCCAUCUUGGAUAACAGCCAUUUAAUAGUUUUCAGAGAGCUUUAGAAUAGAAUUUUCACACUAUAAUUGUAAAUUGCUUAAUAAAUUGGAAAAAAAUUA